GAUUUGUAUAUAAUGAGGAGGCCUUAUCUUUCUGAUGCCCAAUUCUUUCUGAUUUUACUUGUCACAAGAUGCAAUGCUCUCCACCUUUAGGAGUAGAGGGAUUUCUCCGGUAGCAACAAUGCUUGAAAGCUUGAAACUGAUUUGGAAGGAAAUGGAAACUCAAGUGUUCUCGCUUAACCGCGUGGAAAUAGGAACCACCAAGUGGCUAGAAUUUGUGGUCAUGGGAAUUGUUGAUGGAGUAGCUAGAGAGUUCGAGGCAAUUGCAUGGAACAAAACUUUGCUUAUACUUGUUAAGUUGACCCAGAAGGCCUUUCACAUUGGCGGUGACAUCAUAUAUUACUUCAGUACCCUUGUCUUAAGAAUCACUUUAUAAGAGGAUGCUCUAGGGCUGUUGUUUUUGUGCUUCUUUGCCUUCUCUACUCGUUUAGCUCUGGAUUAGGUAAGACCACAAUUGCUCAAAUGGUCUUCAAUGAUAGAGAAAUAGAGGACAGGUUUGAGAGAAGAAUGUGGAUAUCUGUUUCUCAAUCAUUUGAUGAAGAACAAAUCAUGAGAAGUAUGCUGAGAACCUUGGGAGAUGCAAGUGUAGGAGAUGAUCGAGGUGAAUUGUUGAGGAAAAUAAACCAGUACCUUUUAGGUAAGAGGUACUUGAUUGUGAUGGAUGAUGUAUGGAGUUUAGCUGGCAAUUGGUGGAGCAGAAUCUCCGAAGGGUUGCCCAAGGGUAAUGGAAGUAGUGUUAUCAUCACUACAAGGUUCGUGGAAGUCUUAAGAAAGAUGGAAGUGAGUGAAGCCAGGAUGCAUCAGCCCAAUAUCCUCAACGACAAUAAUAGCUGGUUGCUAUUUCGUAAGAUAGCAUUUGCAGCAAGUGGAGGUGAGUGCACAAAACCUGAGCUAGAAAAGAUUGGUAAGGAGAUUGUGCAAAAGUGUAAUGGUCUUCCCUUAGCAAUCAAAGCAAUUGGAGGAAUGUUGCUCUAUAAAUCACAUUAUCAUGAGUGGAGACGAAUUGCAGACAACUUUCGAGAUGAAUUAGGAGAAAAUGAUGACACGGUAAUGCCCUCACUUCAAUUGAGUUAUGAUGAGCUCCCCCCAUACCUGAAGUCUUGCUUCUUGAGUUUCUCUCUAUAUCCAGAGGAUUGUGUUGUGACAAAAGAGCAAUUGGUACAUUGGUGGAUUGGAGAGGGAUUUGUACCGCUAAGAAGUGGAAGACCAUCGACUGAAGCUGGGGAAGAUUGUUUCUCAGGGUUAACAAAUCGAUGUUUGGUAGAAGUUGUUGAAAAGACUUACAAUGGAACUAUCCUCACCUGCAAGAUUCAUGAUAUGGUUCGUGAAUUGGUUAUCAAAAUGGCUGAAAAUAAUGCAUUCUUUAAAGAUAAUGGUAGAGGCUGCCACCAUUUUGGAAUUGACACCAAAAUGGAUCCAAAGCAACUUGUUGCCAAUCACAAGUUCCGAGCAUUAUUGUCCACGACCAAGACUGGUGAAGUGAACAAGAUAUCAUCAAGCAUUGCAAACAAGUUCAGUGAGUGCAAAUACUUGCGAGUCUUAGAUCUUCACAAAUCAAUUUUCGAAAUGUCUCUCACAAGUCUAUUAUCUGAUAUUGGUUUCCUUCAGCAUUUGGCAUACCUUAGCUUAAGCAACACCCAUCCUUUGACUCAACUCCCACCUUCACUUGAGAACCUUAAAAACCUUGAGAUUUUGAACUUGAGUUUUAGUCAAAAUCUGAAAGUAUUGCCUCCUUAUCUCACAAAAUUCAAGAAACUCAGGGUCUUAGAUGUUAGUCACUGUGGCUCACUUGAAUACUUACCUAAAGGCUUAGGAAGGCUUUCAAAUCUUGAAGUUCUUUUGGGAUUUAGACCUGCCAGAGCAAGCCAGUUAGAAGGAUGUCGGAUUGCAGAGUUGAGAAAUUUGAGUCGACUUAGGAAACUUGGUCUGCACCUAGUUUGGGAUGAUGAGAUUGGAGAUAGUGAGGUCAGUGCUUUGGUAAACCUUCAACAAAUUCAAUUCCUAACAGUAAGUUGCUUUCAUAGCCAUGGUAGUGGUCUUGUAGAUAAACUGGAUAAACUCUACCCUCCACCGGAGCUCCAUGAGCUCUGUCUCCAAUUUUAUCCGGGGAAGCCAAGUCCUGCCUGGCUCAAUCCCAUUUCACUUCAUAUGUUAAGAUAUCUCUGGAUAUCGUCUGGAAAUCUGGCUAGGAUGCAUGAAGCCUUUUUUGGAGAGAAUAAUAGUGCAUGGAAAAUUGAGGGAUUGGUGUUGGAAUCUCUCUCAGAUUUAGAAAUGGAGUGGGAAAUGGUGCAACAAGUGAUGCCAUCUCUGAAGAUUGUAAAUGCAAGUUGGUGUCCAAAUUUGGUGUCUUUCCCCAUUGAAGAUGUUGGAUUUAGAGGGGGGGUUUGGACAAAGGGUGAACACCGGAGGUAAUAUUGUAAAAUCAAUGCAAGUUGUAACAGUACCAUGUAUCACACUAUCGUUUUAUGUUUUAUCCAUGUGAGAUUGAUUAUUCUUGAUUUUUCCUGGUAAUUCUUUAUCCAGUAAAAUAUAGCCACACUAGCCAUUGUGUGUUUCCAU